AUGGCUACAAAGGCAAGUAAAUCCAAUACAAAUGGGAUGACAAUAAUAGGAAAUAUUGAUGAUAUGCAAAUUAUAAAAGAAAUCAGUGAUGAAGAUAAUAUUAGACCAAAAAAUUCAUGUUCAUUGAACACUCCUUUAAAUCUUCCCACUAAUUUAGUUCAGAACUCUGGAGCACCUGUUUAUGAAAGCGUCUCGGUUACAAAUUCGGAAAAUGUUCAGUUUGGUAACAAUACAUAUUUUAAUGGUCCAGUAAUCAUAAAACAAAUAGUCCAUCCUAAAACUGGCGUUGAUAACGCUUCCUACACCAAAACAGAAGAAACAGAAAAAGAUGAUUUGCAGAAGCCCCCUUGUGAAGCAUUGGAUGAAACUUAUAUUAAAAAGAAUGAGAUAUUGUUGUGGCACAAGAUAACAUUCUCCGCAGUAUGUAUUACAGUUGUUGGCUGUGUUGUGGCUCUUGUGCUUGUUUUACAAAACAAAAGUGAUGAGCCAAUUCAUAGAAAUGCACAGUCAGAUUAUGAUAAAGAAGAACAUACUCGUUUGGUGGUGGGCGUUUGUGAUGAAAAUUUUCAACUUGUUAUAAUAUCGGUACUCCUGUUAACAUUAACAUUUAUGUUAGUUUCUUACUCAUUACUAACACCGAGUGUUAAGAAAAUAAAUAAUGGUGUGGACAUAAAUCAUCAUUUGAACUAUAUCAAUAAAAAUUGCAUGUCCUGCAAGAAGACAGCAAAUUCAUUGCUGAUAGCACCGAAUCAUUUGCGGAUAGUAUCCAGAUCGGACUGGUUGUCACAGCCUGUGGAAGGCGAGGUUGACAUGCUUCGUCAACCUGUACCAUGGGUUAUUAUAGCACAUACUGCCACAGAGAGCUGCCACACACAGAGUGAAUGUGUUCUACGUGUGCGAUUGAUACAAAUGUAUCAUGUUGAAGCUCGAAAGUGGUCAGAUAUCGGGUACAACUUUCUGGUGGGAGGAGAUGGUUCAGUGUACUAUGGUCGUGGCUGGAACAUUCAGGGCGCUCAUACGAAAGGUUACAACAAAUAUAGUAUCGGAAUAGCUUUUAUUGGUACAUUCAACACCACCCCACCUCCAAAACAACAAGUUGAAGCCUGCGAGAAACUUCUCAAGCUGGGUGUUGAAUUGGGGAAACUAGCCAAAGACUACAAACUGUUUGCUCACAGGCAGUUCAUGUCAACUCUCAGUCCAGGUGAUACAGUUUAUGACAUCAUCAAGGAAUGGCCACAUUUUGUCAGCAAUGUGACAGACGCAAAUUCAUUAAUACCCAAUUAUUAA